AUCUACACCCGUGUCGCAGAUCUCAGCUUGAUCCACCGACUCUAUGGAUCCGACCUAGACCCGCGAACCCGCCACUUGGAUCCGAAUUCGUCGCCUCAUUCCCGUCAAUAAAAUCGUAACCCUCACUCUCACUCUCUAACCUGUUCGUACGAGCAAGAAUGGCGAGCCUAUCACUGUCCUCCACGCCAGCGCAGACCUUCUCUCUCCACCGCAGCAGCACAAGCAAGGUCGUCUCCACCGCGCCUCUGCUUCAGGCCAGGAAGAAGCUCUUCGGCGUUUUCCCCCGCGCCUCUAGCUCACUCCAUUACCAUCCACUCAGAGUUUCGAUUAGUAGAAACGUUUCGAUUCGUGGGAACGAUGAGUUGAAGUUGAUGAAGAAGACGACGACGAAGAAGAUCAGGAGGGGAAUGACUACAGUUUGUUAUGCUUUACCUCUCAGAGUCGAUACUAUCCAGUGGAUCGCCACCAUCUCAUCUGCGAUCCUGAUGUUUGCGAAAGGAACUGCUGUGCAGAAAUCGUUUCUUGUGCCCUUGUUUGCUCUACAAGCACCGGGUCACGUCAUCUCAUGGAUGAAGGGUGAAUAUGGCAUCUGGGCCGCAUUUUUGGCGCUUCUUGUUCGUCUCUUCUUCUUCAUUCCUGGGGAACUUGAAUUGCCAUUAGUAGCAUUACUCGUGGUGAUUGUUGCUCCACACCAAGUUAUGAGACUCAGGGGAAGACAAGAAGGUGCUAUUAUUUCCCUAGUCAUUGCAGGAUAUUUGGCUUUUCAGCAUUUCUCACGCAUUGGAAGCUUGAACCAAUCAUUUGACCGAGGUUCAAUUGUUGCAACCUUAGCCAUCAUUUGUAUCACUGUUCUGUCAUGCUUGCUCCUGUUCUGAGUUUAUUGUAAAAUAAUUAAAAGUAAAGUAGUGAUGCUGUAAAGGUUGAAAGCCUACCUGAGAACAGUCAUAAAUGCUGAACCGCUUAUGUUCAUUUUCUAGAUAUGUAUAAGAUGAAUAAAGUUCUCAGUGUUCAUAUUUUUUUUCAAUAUAAGGAAAUAUUGUCAACUA